UCAUGUGUGUGUGUGUCUUGUGUGUGUGUCGUGUGUGUCUUGUAUAUGUGUGUGUAGAGUGCAUCAUUUUCAGACUCUAUUAUUUCCGUCAAGUUUCUGUUUGAUUUGGAUCAUCUCAGGAUCGGAUUCUGUUUUAGAGUGUUUCUGGGCCAGGAUCCGGGCCCCUGCCCUCCUCUGCACCUGACCACACUCUCCCUGCUGGGGCUGGUCUGUUCUUCUGGUAGCUGUGCAGGAGAGGGCUGGGUGGGGCAGAGGCCAGGAGGGGACCUGGUGUGUCGCCCACCCACCACCUGGCUCAUCCCUCAGGCCCACCCUGACCCUACGUUACAUAGGUUACGUCAGCCUCUGUGGCUGUUGAGUAAAGCAUUUCUCCUGUCUGGACCUCAUUUGCACUAGAUGGGCCUGUGGUCCCAAAGUAGGUCAGUGGGUUGGGGUUGCUGACACCCCUUGGGGGCAGCUUUGGGACAGAUGAGUGGCUCGGUCCUGUCACUGCCCUCUCCCUGCCUAGGGGCUAUGUGCACUCCAGACCCUGCCCAGGCUCAGGCCUAUGAGGUGUGGAGCCAGCCUGGCCCCCAGGAGCCAGAGGCGCCGCCAACUCCCCUGGCAUUCCAGCUCUCCAGGCGACCCUCCUCUACCCAAAGCUCUGUCCCCCUGCUCCCACUCCAGAAGAACUGUGGCCACAGGCUUUGAGCGCCUGCAUUCCUGGGUGGUGGGGCCAAAGGCCCUGAGCAAAAGCUGGAGCUCCUCUCAUCAAAGCCUUUACAAGGUGCUGGGUCCAGAGGCUUUGCCUUGACACCAUGACCCCUGGUUUGGAGGGAGGAGGAGCCUCCCCUACCUAGGACCCCUCCCAUGGGGGGGUCUACAGAGUCGGGGACAGAAGGGAAGGGACCCACAGGAAGUCACGGUGGUGCCCAGGGAUGGGAAGGGACCCCCAGCCACGGGGACCCGGGAUUCAAGAAUAAAGCAAACAGUCACAGCCGCAGUUGGUGUUGGAAGUGUUUCUGUCUUUUCUCCCUUUUGUGCUGAGGUGUAGCACACACGGUGCGCCCCACAGCGUGGUAAGUUGCUGUAUCGUGAACCCCCACGCAGCCAUUGCCCCAUGCCGGUGUUUUCCAUCUGUGCCGCAUCCCCUGGGGACACCUACACACGUGAGGAGGGAGUUGGCCAAGGCACCCCAGCACACACUGACCUAACUCCGAGGAGCCACCUCAUCUCUCCUGGAGCACCUUCCCACAGGCGGAGGGGUUCGGCCUGGCCACCUGCAGGCUUCCAGAGCCCAGGUGACUCCUUAACGUCCUUCUCUCCAUCCUCUGCACAGAGGCAGCCUUUCCUCUAUCCCUGCCCCGGGGUAAGGGAGCAGGGGCCUCCAACUCUGACAGGGAGGAGUCGAGUCCCCAGCUAAAAUUCUGUGGGUCUAGAAACAGGUGUAAAGAGGCGACUCUGGGGAUGUGAUCUGGGGGAAAAGCACCCUUUCCACACAGGCAGUCAGGAAAGGAGAGGGGAGGGGAGAAUGGGGCACAGGCAGCCCCUCCUGUCCCUGUGCCUGUGUGCAAACUGGCACGAUGCCCCCCUUCCUAUGGGCAGUGCAGCCCCUGACCAGCAACCCCUCGCACCUGGGUUGGGGGCCCUUGUGUAGGGCACACCUGUGCGGCCACACCUACUUGUGGGCCGGACCCUGGGUGUAGAGCCCCAUAGACUCAGCUGUGGACAAAAACCUCACGCCCCAAACAGGGAAAUGGGAUCUCAAGGGGAAGAAGCCAGGGAAGCCUCACACCCUGCCCCCAUUUCCUCCUAUGUAGGGGAGGGGAGCAGCACGAACCCCUGAGGACUUGGGAGCAUCAGCAGCUUCUGCGGAAGGGGUGGGGCUGAGGGUGGAGAGAGGACAGGAAGGAAGAAAAGGGGAGCCUUCCUGGCCAGGGCAACUGGCACUAAGAGGCCUCACUCCAAGCCCCCGAGGAGCCUGCAGUGGGGCUGGAGACCCAGCCCAGGCCCCUCCCCGACCUGUAAAGUCCCUAGAAGGCGGGAGGUGAACUGGCACAGGCUGGGAACCGGCUGUGCGCUGGCCACUUGAUUUCGCCAACGGCCCUGUCAUUCAGCUGGUGAGGAAACUGAGGCACACACUGAGGUAGGAUGACUUGCCAGUCACUCAGCAAGUCAGCAGGCGGGGAGGACUGAAUCCCAGCCUGAGAGCACCGAAGCUUGUGUCCCUGCAGUACGGAGCCCCAAGCCUGCGCGCCCUGGUGCCCAUCUCUGAGUUGGGCCGUCUUGGAAGGGUUCCCUUCCUCCUCCAAGAUGGUGUGUGAGGAGCCUUCAGUACGACCCAGGGUGUAAAGUGUCCAACUCUAGUCGGGGCUUGAUGGUGUCCCCGCCGAGUACCAGGAGAGAGAAGACCCCUUCCUGGAGUCCAGGGCUCCCAGGAAGAAACUGGCAUUUGUGCCUUUGCUGCGGCUUCUGGAGGCGGAGACUCUGAGCCCUGGGAGAGCCUUCCGCAGCCCUGUUUCCUCAAAAAUCCAACCUGCCCGGGUGGCGGGUCCUGAGCUGUGCUCAGGAAGCUGGAAUCUGACCCUGGUGGCGUCGGGCCCGGUCUCCAUGGCAGCCGAGCAUUUAUUACCCGGGCCUCCACCCAGCUUGGCAGACUUUAGACUUGAGGCUGGAGGAACUGAACGCGGUUCUGGGAGCAGCGAACGCACGGGUGGCAGCCGGGGCCCCAGGAUGGCCAAGUUUCUUUCCCAAGACCAAAUUAAUGAGUACAAGGAAUGCUUCUCCCUGUAUGACAAGCAGCAGAGGGGGAAGAUAAAAGCCACAGACCUCAUGGUGGCCAUGAGGUGCCUGGGGGCCAGCCCGACGCCAGGGGAGGUGCAGCGGCACCUGCAGACCCACGGGAUAGAUGGAAAUGGAGAGCUGGAUUUCUCCACUUUUCUGACCAUUAUGCACAUGCAAAUAAAACAAGAAGACCCAAAGAAAGAAAUUCUUCUAGCCAUGUUGAUGGCGGACAAGGAGAAGAAAGGUUACAUCAUGGCGUCCGACCUGCGGUCAAAACUUACGAGCCUCGGGGAGAAGCUCACCCACAAGGAAGUGGAUGAUCUUUUCAGGGAAGCAGGUAUCGAACCCAACGGCAAAGUGAAGUAUGAUGAAUUUAUCCACAAGAUCACCCUUCCUGGACAGGACUAUUGAAGGAGGAGAAUGCGAGAGCCUCCCCUGGGCCUGAAAACUUGGAGCGAUUAAUUUUUAAAAAGAAAAGUGUUCUUUUCACUUGGGGGAGAUGGCAAACACAGUGGCAAGACAACAUUACCCAACUACAGAAGAGAGGCUAACUAGCGACAAUAAUAGAUGAUUUCAGCCAUGCAUGGUAUGAGCAGAUCUUUUUAAUAAAAGAUUUGUAUUGAUUUUAUUAACUACCAUGAGUCCGGCCCUUUCAAGCAUGGAAGGAGCCUGUGGUUUGGAGUCUGGCCUGGGUUCCAGUCCUGGCUCUUCUGCUUCCCACUGUGACUUUGGGCAAAUCAUUUCACCCCUCAAAACUUCGGGGCCCUCACACAAGCUGGAUUCCCACUUCUUACCUCAUGGAGCCUGUUGAGGAAGGAUUGAGCUAAUGACUUAAGGGUAAUCUACCAAGAGACUUACUCUGUAUUUGGGGGCUAGAACCAUCUUCCAUAUUUCCAAGAUGAAGCCAGUGCUAGCUGAGAAGCUGCAACAAACAAAAAGCUGUAACACUUAUGACAAGUCUUGCGGUGCCAGAGGCCCAUUUACAAAUUCUCAUUUCUAUCUCAAUAGAUACAGUGACAAAGCUCAGGCUAUUGGUUCAUAAACACAGAGUAUAGAGUGAAAACUUUGUAGAGUGAAAACACAUGCUACAAUGAGGCAGCAUCAGCUGAGAGCGGGAAGAGUGAUCUACUUUACACCUCACACCAAAGCAAACCAGAUGUGAGCGGCUGAAUUCACUGGCCUUGCAGAGCUCAAGAAGGGGGCUUCCAAUGCUGUGAGAAUUCUGAGCUGUUCCCUGGGCUCUGUUACCAGGCAGAGAGGUUCCAGGGAGGUCUGCUUAAGUGGCCCACACUGGUCAUAGCCUUAAGCCACUUCCCCAGGACUUAUGGAGAGAAAUAAGGGGAUGGAACCAGCAAUGGCCAGGGUACAAUAGCCCUGGAAAACAGUAGUAGGAGCACUAGGCUUUCUGGAAGUCCAUCCAGCUCGAGUGGCUUUGAGUUAGCCAGAAGGUGCCAGGUUGGUGCUGCCAGAGAUUCAGAGGUGCCAUACACUUGUCAAAUCUGGAUCAUUCAUAGUGCCAGCACAGUCCUAAAAAGGGCUGGAGUACCACAGCAACACAGGAGGGGCUGCAGGGCUCCAAGUGCAAAGAUUUUCAUGUAUGUAUCAAAAGUGGGUUCUCUGGGCUGCGGCUUUGUCUAGUGGUGCCACAGGCUAAAGCAGAAGAAAACCAAAUCAAACGGGAUGUGUCUUUUGGGAAGAUGUACAAGACACAAAUCUUCCACUAGGCACCGGGCACAGGGAAAACUGCAGGGAGCAAGAGUUGUAGUGUUAGUGCAACUGUCUCAACAAUGCCGUGUGGCUUCAGACCCAAACAAGGCCCUGAGGAAGGAGACUCUCAUUUCCCCAAGCGUAACUGCAAAGGGAGUAAGUGGGAAUUCCUAGGAGCCACAGAGAAGAGUUUUGUGGGGGUGAGAGUAAGUAAAUGGUCGAAAUGCCAACUAGGUGAAAUUGUGACUAUCUGGCUGGGAAGCCCAGGUCCGCACAGUGUAGAAGCAGAUGUUUUGUGGGAUCUGAGGUUUAUAAGAUUUGGCUGCCUUAAGAAUACAAAAACAGAAAUGCAGAAUUUCUGGGGCUGCUCCCAGGACCAGGGCAAGUGAGGGGUCCUCAUGCUUAAAUUUCAUUACCUUCAAGGUAAAUCCACCAGAGGGCCGGUUAGACGCUGCCCACCCCACCCCCCACCUCCCCCCAAGAGAUCUGCUGUCACUUUCAGGCAAAGCUCAAAGGUCCUAGGCCGGCACCUCUUUUGAGCUCCAGUCAUGGACAUUAGGAAGUAAAUCCUGCACAGCCAACCUGGAAUACCAAAGAUUAGAUGGGAGAUAGAUACCAAUGAUUUAGAUGGAACAGGAAGAGCAAGUUCUGGCUAUAAAAAAUGAGGGUACUUUCCGUCAAAGCUUUUCUAUGUCUGUAUUUAUCACUGAAUAGUCCCAGUAUGGCUUUAAAGCAAGUUUUAUGCAUCUCAUUGGCCUAACGGGAAUCUGAAGUAUAGCUUGCCAAAAACACACAGCUGGUGUGGAAUUCGAACCUGGGGCUCCUCUUCACAGACUCCCUGCUCCUCAUUAAGGGGAUCCAGUGGUCCAGAACCUAAGAUCCUGUGAAGUGUUCCGAUUCAAACCUCUACCGGAGGAAGGGCUAUUAUAUUACUCCUGUCCUGGUUUCAAGCUCAUUCCUGAAAUUCCAGCUGGUUUCUCUAGCACCUAGUGUUGUUUACAAGAAGGCCACGGUGCUCUUAGCAUUCAAACUGCAGAUGCUGAACAGAUGCUGUGAUUUAUUAAAGAGCUAGCCAUAUUUCAACAAGAGAGGGAAAUGAUGGCUAUAUAUUCAUUACUUACCUCAAAGCAUGCUGCAAGAAAAUUAGUUACUUGUCAUGCUUUGAAAUCUCUGGAUGAAAGGUGCUUUGGAAGCACAAACCAUUAUCACUUGUCUCACAGGGAUUUUGUCCCCUUGAACACCCAGCAGUGUUAUUUUACAGAAGACAAAUUAACUGAAGGCUUUUCUUUUAUUACAUCUAAAGAGCUCUACAUAAACAGGUAACAUUCAAUAGGUAAACAAUUUUUUUUCCAAUGCAUGUAAUAAAUAUUUUCACUUGGUACUUUUAUACAAACUGACAUUGUCUACUAUACAUUUUUAAAAGCCAUUUUACUGGUUUGGCAUGCGGUAUGGAAAUUCUAAGAGAGAAAGUUUUAAGGCAAUGAAUCACAGAUUUAAGUUCAUGGAAUUUAUGGUAACUUUAUCUGUUUAUAUACAUUUUCCCCUUUGUUAAACAAUUAACAGCAGCACACUCUGGGACCACCAGCUAUUUUCCCUCCCUCUUUCUGAAAUCUAAGCUUUAUGUUUAAAAAACAGAAUUCAA